AUGGGUGACGAGGAGCCUCUGCAAGAGGCUGACCCCAGUCUGUCGUGGCGGGAUUUACCUGAAUGUGUCAAGAAGGCUCUUGAUCAGGAGUCGCGACAGCCUUCUCCCGAGAUUUUGUCGAACUUGUUUUCGGAUGAUUCAGACAUCAAAGAUUUUGUGGAAUCACCGGGACUUACAAUGGGCUCAGCUGAAUGGUUCAGUGCAUGCGAGAUUCUUGAAAAGGUCUGUGCUGAUGUAUCACAGGCUGCAGAUCGCGUCGUGAGGACUAGAGCUGUGCAAGGUCAGCUGGCGCAAACGUCCUCAUCGAUUUCGGCUGGGCCUCAGCAGCAGCUUGAAGUAAGCACUGGAUGGCUUCAGACAAGGGCCGGUGCAAAGAGAUCUCUUACAUCGUGGCCGUGCAGGUUGGCCAAGAAACUUGCCCUGGCUAAGCACGAUCGUGCGAGGGCCGAUGCUGAGGCUGCAGAGCUCCGACGCUGGAGGACUAGGCUACAGUCUGUGCUCUCUGCAGUGAUUUUCUUCGAGAGGGUCGGAGGAGUCAAGGUCGAGGCCUCCAUCUCCUCUCAUGUUCUGGUGCGGAACUUGGUUCGGGUUCGCACUGCUGAGCUUGAAGCAGGGGCGCCACCUACCAAGCAAGCUCCAGCAUUGGCCCUCAUCAUGGUCAUGUCUUUAGAGGCCGUGGUUGUGAACACUGCGCAUAAGAAGUUCGUCAGAGCGUAUGCAUGGGCACGGCUAUUGAAACUAUGGACAUCUAGCAGGGCCAAUGACCUACAGGGCAUUUUACCGGAGCAGAUGACGAUGUCUUCACAAGGAUUACGAGGAGUUUUCGAUAGAACGAAAACCUCGGGAGCUGGUAAACGCAUCCGAUGGCUGCCGUUCUUUGUUUGCAAGGGUGCCUGGCUUUUGCAUAGUGAUUGGCUGGCUGCCGGAUAUGAGAUCUGGGCUUCUGAUGGAUUUGACUUCUCCAGAGAUUAUCUGGUGCCUCGGCCUACAAAGGGACUGACUUCUUGCCUGCCAGUCAUGGCGAGCUAUGUGGAUAUGUCAACGAUGUCCAAGCAGCUCCUGUGGGAGCUAAAGCGGCCGGAGCUGACCGAGGCUGGGAGUGUGCGUCAUACUGAUGUUGCGCUUUUCGAGGUAGGUCUUGAUGAUUUGUUUCAGGCGCUACAGAGGGCCGGUGUCGAGAGCUCGGUGCGUGACAGGGCUCUUGACCUCUUGCGGCCGUUGGAGGGCUGGGCCGAGUUUCGGGCCCAACAUCUCGCUGAAAGCAGCGGGAACGGCGUCAAGCCUGGUGAUCUUGUGAUGCCUGCCAGUCACGUCAAUGUGUUGCCUUUGCGAACACUUGUUGUGCUGAAACAUUUCCCUCUUCAAGGGAGGGAGGGUGCCAGGAGCAAGCCUUUCUCUGAUCUUGAGGUUGAUUGGGGCGACGGCCAGUCAAGUGUGUCCGACCUGCCUGAAUCAGGGAUGCCUCAGGAAAUCGUCCCAGCAGGGCCUUCAUCGAGCGAUUUGCAUGCAGCUUCCUUAGACGAGUGGUUCGCUGAAGUUUCUCUUGAUGACCACGUCUCUGCAAGCAGCGUCGUGGAGCCAGCAAUAGUUGCCAAGGAUAGUGGUGUUCCGAGUGUUGCAGCGACCGCCGUCUUGUCAUCUAGGGAGUAUGCUGCUCGUCUACGGAGCUCCCACCUGAGCUUGCAAGAUGCCACACCGAAGUUCUUUUGGGAGCAGGGGUUUUGGUCCGAUUUCUUCGGUCCUGCCUCAGUGCCGGAAACCAUCAUGCCGAGAUUCAAGGACAGGCGGCCAGACCCUUAUCACUUGCCUUCGUCAGAGCCUGUUGAGCUGGGUCAGUCGCAAUCUUCAAAGAAAGCACGUCGAGAGUUCGCAGCAGUCUUCCAGAAAGUUGUGGUUCAGCGACAGGUGAUUUCUUGGAGGGAUGCUCGUGAGGCCUCCUUUGAAACGGCCAUUGUGAAAUGGGUUGCUCUGUUUGGGUCUUGGGAUUCUAAUAGGGAUGAGUCGCUGGAUGGCUUUGCACAAUUGUCGGAGCUUGAGCAGAGGAACGUCAUCGAUCACAGCAUUGCACGCAAAGCGCCAUCAACUGCCUUGAAAAGAGCAAACUCGCUGAUCAAACUCACGAAGUUGGCCGGAGCCGCAAACAUUGUCAUGCCUGCUUCCGAAGGCGAGAUCUAUAUCAUUUUGACCGAUGCCAAGUCGGGAGGGGCCCCAUUAUCCCAGCUGCGGGGGUUCAUGGAAGCCAUUACCUUCUCGCGACAUGUCUUCGAAAUCAGGAGCCUUCAUCUAGUCAGUGUCAGCAAAAGAUGUUGGGGUGUCACUGUUGCCAGGGUUGCAACUCCUGCAAGACAGGCUGACCCCCUGCGGGUCAAGGACCUCAAGGAGCUUCAUAGGGUGUUGGAUGAGGCGCCAGACCCCUGGGACCGAUGCUUCGCAGGCAGCGCGCUGUUUUGCGCGUACGGCCGUUGCCGAUGGUCUGACUCGCAGCACUUGGAUGAUAUCGAACUUGAAUAUGAAGAGGGCCCUGAUUCUCCCCUUGCAUACGUAGGAGGUGUCAUCGACAUUCACAAAACAAUGAACCUGCAGGGUCAGCAGCCCCGUGUUCUUGAAAUCAUUGCACCGGCGCAAGGAAUCUAUGAAGGUGACUGGGCCUUGAAGGGGCUCGCUGCACGUGCGGAGGUAGGCUGUGCCUGGUCGCAGGGCCACCCGACCAUGCCUGCACCCAAUCAUCUGGGUGAGCCUACUGUCAGGGCUCUGGGCAGUGACGAGUGUGGUGCCUGGCUCAGGGCUCUCUUGCCGACGAGGCUGGACAUGAGAACAACUUCGCACUCUCUGAAGGCAACGUUCUUGAGUUAUUGUGCAAAGAGGGGCAUGAGCCAUCUUGACAGACUUGCGCUGGGAGGGCACUCCCAUGGAGCGAAGAGUGCCGAUACCUAUGCGAGGGAUGCCCUUGCUCGCCCGUUAAGGUUGCUUCAAGGUGUCAUCAGAGAGAUCAGUAUGGGCGUCUUCAUUCCGGAUGCCAACCGUGCUGGCAGGCUAAUCGUCAGUGCUGAGACUUCAGAGCUUGCACAGGAGCUGGGCCAUGAAGUCCCGAGAGUUUCGCCACUGCCUUUGAAGACCGCAGGGCCUCUUCCUGCCCGGCCCAAAGACGAGGUCGUGUCGUUGAGUUCGUUUGAGCCUUCUCCAUCACAGCACGCCGAGCCCGCUUCUGAGUCCCAUGAGUGCGAGGGAGAUGUGUCAGAGGCCGAUGAUGGAGAUUCGAGCCGUAAAUCAAGCUCAAAAUCGUCUGUCGAGGGCACCACAAGCUCAGAUUCUGAUGCAAGCUCAAGCUCUGAAGAGGAGAGCCCAGGACCCAGGAUGCCUCAGUUCGUCCCGCGCCUACCAGAGCCUCCUGAAGGUUUCCGGUUUGUGCAGCACGCAAAGUUGAAGACCUUGCAUUAUGUCAUGCAGGGUCACUUGAACUUCACCGUUUGCGGGCGGCGCAUUACAGACUCGCUCACAGGAUCCUUAUCACUCAAGUGGGACAGCCCGGAUGUCUGUGGAAGCAGUACGCUUCUUGAGAAUCUACGCGCGAAAGGGAUCGAGAGCUUUUCGAGUUUGGCAUUUGCCUGCGGCACUCCCCAAACGCCUCCGACCGAGACAGAGUUCACUUCAUUUGCUGAGAACGUGUGUGGGCCAUCAGUUGCCCUGGGAACUGCUGCCCAGCUUAGGAGGCUUCAUUUUGAGGCCAUCACACUUGUUGUGGCGCAGUUGAAACAGCAAGCGAUUGCAGAUCCUGCCGAGGCGGUUAAGAAACUGCCUUUGGCAGAAAAACAGGCCCGCAUCGAAGAUCAACGACGCAGGCUCCAUGGGCUCUUGUUGGAGGAUGAGUUGCAACCAUCGCAUGCAUUAAUUGAUGCAUGCGCGCACAUGAUUGAGCAGAACCACAUAACAUGGGUCCCGCCCUCAAAAUGCACGAAGAGGGACCAAGAACUGCGAGUUGGGAUCAAGGACAAAUCCAAGUUCCUUGUUGCAGCUGAGGGUGGUGUCACUCUUGCAUCGGCCCCCACCGUGUUGACGGCCGAUCAUCAGACUCCGCUACAGCUCCAGUGGUGCUUGCAAAGGCGAGGACUUGCGCUCGACCUCAACAACAUCAUCGGCUGGACCUCUCACGAAAGGUGGGUCUCAUACCUUAUGCAGACCCUUGCUCAGGAGGUUCCGGCAGGUUACCAGAGUGUCACCGUUGAUCAACUCUUGAAGGCCGAUUGUGAGCUUUUCCUUCUGAUAUCAAAGGAGACGAAGCGAGUCAAGGUCGGUUCUGAUGGCACGAUGGAAGCUGAGGCAAAGCUAAAUCAGCUGAAGACCGACCCGAGGGUGACCAUGCAUCUGCUGCCACUCCGUGGUGGUGGGAGGCCAGGUGGAUCCCAGGCCCAAGUUGAAAUGCCAGAUCUUGAUGAUGCAAAUGCUCGUCUCAAGAAGACGAGGACCCUUGAAAAGAAGCGCGGGCUCCUGGCCCCGGUUAAGACUGCUACGAUGCCUCAGGAGCUGAAGGCUUGUCAGCAUCACACUGACGCCUUCAAAGGCGUUGGAUGCCGAAACUUCCGGGACGCUCGCAUUCCGAAAGAUGAUUGCCAGUCCGCUGACCACCCUGCGGUUGAUCGCGACAGGCAUACAACACCGCUUGAUGCAAGCAAUCCCGUUGAUGCUGCCUCGUCGUGCAGCUCCGGGUUGCAUAAUGCUGCUGCUCAUUCUGAGCCAGCAUGUUCCAAUGCCGAAAACAAAAUCUUUCACUUUCCACCAGACUCUCCUUCAGACGAGAGCGGAUCCAAUGAGUCGGAGAUGCUUGCUUGCCAGAUUCUUGCGGCUGGGCGAUGCACUUCUUUGCAACCGCUCCAGCUCAUGACCUCGCUACCCUGUGAAGACAUGGCCCGAAGCUCCGGCAGAGUCGGGACUGAGAAGUCUUUCACUAGUGGAGCGUAUGGUCAGGGCCCCUUGGUUGGACUGCGAAAACACGUAAGCAGCCAUGCGCAUGUCACCAGACUUCUGGUGAAAUUGGCAGUGCAGUUCUUUCCAGCAUUGACUUUUACAACUGUGGCCUUGUUUCGUGAUGUCCAAACAACCCGACAUUCAGAUAAAGGCAAUUUGCCUGGUUCUCUGAAUGGCGUGGCGGCGCUCAGUAACUUCUCAGCUGGGCAUAUCAAGUUGCACACUUCAGAUGGUGAAAGACGCCUCGAUGUGGCGACUUGCCCAGUGGUGUUUGAUCCGGCAGUGGAGCACGAAACUUGCUCUUGGGAGGGCACCCGCCUUGUGCUGGUUGCUUUCUCAGCGAAUCGGCUUGAUCUCAUGUCCGCUGAGGACACUGCCUCGCUGCUUAAUUUGGGGUUUCCUCUUCCCUCUCUAGGUCCCCCUUCGGUUUCCCAUAGGUCGCAGCCCAAAGUUACAUCAGCUAUGGCUGGUGACCGAGGCCUUGUGUUGCAUUACUUCGCUGGCCCUGCGCGUCUUGCUCAGUCCUUGCAAAAGAAUGGCUUCGACGUCUUGGCCUUCGAUCGCGGCACUGCCCGUGCCCGCUUUCCAGUCCAGUCUAUCGACUUGUGUGACCUGCAGGACCGAAAUCUUUGCUGCAGCAUUUUGACCGAACAGGCCGACCGCAUUGAGCUAGUUUUCUUGUCGCCGCCUCUGCUGUCUUCGUGCAGUGAUUCAGAUCCGCUCGCAGUGGCAGUGGCCGCUGUUGUUCAGCAUGCAGUCGAACUUGGACUCAGAGUGUGCAUUGAAAGCCCAAUGAAAUCAGCUUUGUGGACCCACUCUGCCACGGCUGCUCUCUUCGCUUCAGGUCUUUUCAGGGACGUUGCUUUUGACAUGUGCAUGCAUGGAGGGCAUCAGAAUCGUCGAGUCCGCUUCAGCUGCAACUCUGAUAUCUUUGAGCCUCUUGCCUUGCUUUGCAACCGUUCGCAUAAACAUGCCUCGGAUGCCAUGCUGCAUCCUACGGAGAAAGGUGCAUACCCUUGGCUCCUUUGCCAUCGCAUUUCCGAUCUGCUGCUUCAGCAGACGACCUCACGGGCGCCGCCGACCUCUUUGCUCGGCCCCGCUCCUACAGAAUUGCGAGUUGCCUUGGAUCGCCAAGGCAAGUAUCGACGACCUCUUGUUUCAGAAUUUCAGAGUUACGAUGCUUGGGCUUUCUCUCCUGAGCUCGAGGCCGAACGCUCUCAGGUCCUUGCUUUGUACCCGAAAGGAGCUCGCAUUGUCCGACGCAAACUCUGCAAGGGGGGUGCCGUCCGUGUUUGCCAUCGUCCACUGCUGUCAGAAUCUGGGCCCCUUGAUAGGAUGUCCGGGGACUGGGUCAUUGGGCCUGGGUCUUUUGAGGAGCAUCUGCCAAGUGGGGUUGUUAGUGUUUGUGGCAUGCGAAGGCCCCGGCUUUCGGCGGAAAAUCAGAUGGUCGAAGUGGCUUGGAUUGGCAUCCCGCGGGAACCUCUUGACUUUCUUCGAGAGGCGGUCAAAGUGGGGCACCCCAAGUCUUUCUUGGACCAGGACGAGCCCAGCAUUGAGCGUCUCGUGGAGAAUUUGCUAGGUAAUGAUUCGGUCGAGUCUAGUGCUCAACUCCUAGACGAGUGGCAAGAAUUGCAAGUUGAGCUGGAGCCACACGAACAAGGAUUGAGGCUGGCAUGGCCCACUCAUGUGCAAAACAUCCUUCGAGACAAGAAAACUGAACUCUUGAAGCGCCUUCUGUGCAAGCAUGGAUACCCAGAUCACAAGGUUGUCGAUCACAUGCGUGAGGGUUUUCGGUUGUCAGGCUGGAUGUUCCGGACAGGUGUUUAUCCGGCCGAGGCCCGACCUCCUUCGGUCAGCAUGGAGAGGCAGCUUGCUACUGCUAGGUCUAGAAAUCUUUCGACUUUGGCUAAACUGCGAGCGCAGCCUUGCGAUGAGGUUACAACUCGAGCUUGGGAAGAGACCAAAGCUGAGCUCGAACGGGGAUGGAUUUUCGAGGCCCCAUGCUGCGAAAACGACUGCAUUUCCGAGGGCUCCCAAUCGGGACGUCCAACCAAAGACUUCACGGGAUGCUUUGGCAUAGGAGGUGUGUUGAUCGCACGACGGUUUGGGAUUCUGCAGUCGCUCAAGGUUCGGGUGAUUGACGAUUGCAAAGCCUCGGGGUACAACCAGACCACUGGUCUCCCGGAACGCUUCCGUCUCCAUGGCCUUGAGUUCUUGAGUGCCUUUCUUGUCAAAGCCAUGAGAGACGUCAGGUCAAGAUGCACCCCGAUCCUUGGCAGGACGUACGACCUCUCUUCUGCAUACAAACAGUAUGCGGUGCACACAGAAGAUCGGAAUGUAUUGCGCAUCGGGGCCAAAGACACAGAGUCAGGAUCGGUCCGCCUUUUCGGUGUGAACUCACUGCCGUUGCCCACAGGCUCCGUCGCAGGAUUCUUGAGGACGGCAGCUGCGACUUGGUUCUUGGGAGCUCAGGUUUUGAGGCUUGCUUGGGGAUGCUACUUUGACGAUUACCCUUGUCUGUGCAAAGCCAAAUUGUCCGAUGACGUGAGCAGCAUUGUUCAUCGAUUCUUCGGGCUUCUUGGCAUUGUCUAUGCAACCACGGGCAAGAAAGCAGUUGGGUUCGCCGCUCAGUUCAAAGUACUGGGGAUCCUAGUCGACCUCUCAUCCUUCACCGAGGGCACCGUUCUGCUCAAACACACUGAAGAAAGGAUUGCCACCCUGUCCGCUGCACUUCAGGAUGUGCUUGACCGGGAUGCGAUCAGUCAGACCGAGGCAGACCGAUUGCGUGGAAGGAUGCACUGGUUCUCAUCUUUCUUGUUUGGCCGCCGAUCGUGCUUGGCACUGCAAGUCUUGAGCCGUCGUGCCCGAGGUUUCGGCUGUUCUAAGAAGCUUGAUCCUGAGCUGCGGCAAGCCUUGAUUUACCUGAAGGAUGUUGCGUUGCACGCGGAGCCCAUUUCCCUUGACAGGCACAUGGGUCGCACGUACCUCAUCUUCACUGAUGGUAGUCUCGAGGGCCCGACCGCUAGUUUGGGUGGUGCGUUGUUUGAUGGGAGUGGUUCAGCACUCUCUUUCUUCAGCCUUGAUCUCCCGGAUCGGGUCUUGAACAAACUUCGCCAGACCUCCAAGCAUCCUAUAUACGAAAUCGAGAUGCUUGCAGUAUGGGCCGCUCUGUCCAUCUGGUCAGAGCAGUUGGCCAAUACCUAUUCCGUUUUGUACAUCGAUAACGAAGAAAAUAAGAAGAAGCUGCGGCGGCUUCAUCGUGUAGGUGGAUGCGGCAGCACGCCUGAGUCUGUGGCAAACUGUGAAUUGUUUGAGUCGCUGGAGGGCGUUUCUUACGACUGGCAAUGCAAGCACUGCUUCAAGCCUGAGCAGGGACAGCAGGCAGCACAGGCGGACGCUUCGGGAUCGGAGGACUUCUCCUCCAGCACCUCCGAUGAGGCACAGACCUCAGGAACGACCAGUUUCUUCGUCACGCGUCUUGAGGGCCUCAUGGAGCCGGAGCCUGCUUCAGAGCCGUCUGCUGAGCUUCACGAGAGGGAAAGCACAGAUGAUACUUUCUUGCUGCUUUCUGAUCAUGUGUGGGAGCUAGAGCAGCGGGUGGCAGUUCUGGAGCGGCGACUGAUUGCGGUCGACCCGGAGAACGUCUCUCAAGGACUCGAUUCGCCUCCACAAUCCGACAUUUCUUUCCUCUAUCUAUUCGCGGGAGAGUCUCGCCGGGCUGACUUGAAAUCAUUCCUGGCGGCUGCCUGCGAGAAAGCCGGGCUGUCAUUCCGCUAUCAGGAAGUUGAUAUCGGGGAGUCGGCUCCGGAUGUUCUUUCAGACUCUUUUUGGUUGAGAUUGCUCAAUCAAGUUCGACGACAUGAAUUCAAUCUUCUUUUCAUGAGCCCGCCAUAUUCUACAUUCAACCGGGCCACGUUCGUCAAUCGCACAGGACCACCGCCUCUGCGGAACUCGGACUGGCCGGAAGGUUUUCCCUGGCUAUCCGGUGUAUGGAAAUCCAGAGCAGAGGCUGGAACGAGUUUGGUGCGCCGGGUAUUGUCCUUAGCCACCCUGGCCUCCAAUGAGCAUGUACCCUGGUUGAUCGAGCAUCCGGAAUUUUUGGGUGCUACGGCGGCUGGCACCCCGGCUUCAAUCUGGACUUGGGAAGAAGCUGUUCGUGUUUUCCAGGAGACUCGCGCCACUUCCGUGGCCCUUCAUCUUUGUGCCUUCGGCGCCGCUCAGAGGCGGCCGACACGAUUAGCUGGAACCUGGCACGGUCUACGAUCGGUUGGUGUGGCCGGUUGGCCGCGACUUGACCCUCAGCAGCACUAUCGAGGGCCGUUGUCUCGCAAAUGCGGGCAUGCACAUGCCCCUCUCAUCGGUACCGACGAAAAUGGUCAUUUUCUCGCCGGGCCGGCUGCUUACCCUUCGGGCUUCUGUGAAGCGCUGGCCAGUAUUGCGGUUCUCACCUUCAGGCAAAGAGUGUCCUCCGAAUCGGUGUUGGGGGAGGAGCAAGCUCGUUCUUCAGACACUCUUGAGAAUGCGACUUCGACAGCUGUGGUCCACCAGGCUGAAGCUCUGGCACUGCGUUUGCAACACUCGGCGGUCUCGAAGGAGUCUUUACUUCAGAUCUUCGACUUACUUCCCGGCGAGGAAUUGGCCCGAGAUGGAGUCACUUGGAAGGAUUCGAAAUCUUUUGCUGUCGGGGCUUAUGCCGUGGGCGGUAGCCUUGCCGGCCUUCGUAGGAACUCCAGGUUGUUUCCCGGGGAUGGCGGAGGUCAGGAACCGUUUCUGGAGGAGCUGGGAUUCAACUUGCCGCCCCAGCCGGGGGUUGCGUCGAACCGCUCCGACUUGUCGGUAGCGCUUUCUAAGUAG